AUGAAACCCAACGACAACAUGGCAAUGCUGGCCAAGACAGACUCCGAGGUGAGCAGCCUCUCCCAGUCCUCCCCGCCCCGCUCUCCCCGCCGCCCCGUCUACUACGUCCAAAGCCCUUCCCGCGACUCCUCCCACGACGGUGAGAAGACCACCAACUCCUUCCACUCGAGCCCGCUCCAAAGCCCAUUGGGCUCCCCGCCCCACUCCCACUCCAACUCCUCCCUGGGCCGCCACUCCCGCGAGUCCGCCUCCACGCGCUUCUCGGGCUCCCGCAAGAGCAGCUCCACAACCCGCAAGGGCCCGUGGAGGCCCUGGAAGGACAACUUCCACGCCAUCGAGGAAGAGGGUCUCCUCGACGCCCACGACAAUGCCCAACAUGGCUUCCCUCGUCGCUGCUAUUUCUGCGCAUUCAUCCUCGCAUUCAUCGUUCUCUUCUCCGCUUUCUCCCUCAUUCUCUGGGGCGCAAGUCGCCCCCACAAACCUGCCAUUUCUCUCAAGAGUAUAACCUUUGAUCAAUUCGUCAUUCAAGCGGGUGCGGAUGUGUCAGGAGUUGCCACGAGCUUGGUGUCCAUGAAUUCAUCUGUGAAAUUGACGUUUCGUAACACAGCAACAUUUUUCGGGGUCCACGUCACCUCCACUCCCCUAGAUCUAAAUUACUAUCAACUUACUCUUGCCUCUGGAACUAUGCCAAAGUUUUAUCAAUCUAGGAAGAGCCAGAGAUCUGUUAGAGUGAUGGUGAAAGGGAGUCACAUUCCACUGUACGGAGGGGGAGCGAACCUGAACACUGUGAACGGGGCACCGCUUGAUCCGGUGCCGUUGACGUUGAGCGUGAUGGUGCGGUCCAGGGCUUAUGUUUUGGGGAAAUUAGUGAAGCCAAAGUUCCAGAAGAAGAUCGAGUGCUAUCUGGUUUUGGAUCCGAAGAAGAUGGGCGUGGCCAUUUCGCUAGUCAAGAACUGCACUUACCAGUAA